AUGGUGCGAUUACACUUGGUGCGAGAAUUGAUGGAUAUAUUUCGAAGUCCGAUGCUGGUAAAGUGUUACGAUGAUUCAUCGCCUGAAACUCAAAUUAUGAUGCAUCUCUCGGUGGCUGCGGCAGUGGGCUCAGCUUCCCCUAAGACAUUUAGCCUGUCUGGAGAUAUCCAAGGUCAUCCUCUGUCUAUAUUGGUGGAUUCCAGUUCCUCUCAUACUUUCUUGAAUUCUGCAUUGGCUCAGUCGCUCUCGGGUAUCAAGGAACUUCAGUCCCCAGUUCAAGUACAAGUGGCUAAUGGUGCCAUAUUACAAUGCACAUCAUUUUUGCCCGGUGCUCGUUGGUUUGUGCAGGGGUGUUCCUUUUCAACUGAUCUCAAGUUGUUGCGUCUCUCAUCAUAUGAUAUGAUCCUUGGUCUAGAUUGGCUGGCAAGGUUUAGCUUGAUGCAAGUACACUGGGCUAAAAAAUGGAUCUCCAUUCCUUACGAAGCUGAAGUCUAUUGCCUCUUGGCCUACUCCGAGCUCAGUCAAAGAACUUCGUUCCUUUCUGGGGCUCGCCGGUUAUUAUCGGCGUUUUGUUCGCCACUUUGGAAUCAUUUCAAAGCCACUGACAAAUCUUUUGAAGAAGCAUGCCCUGUUCAUUACUAUGCUUUUCAGACAUUGAAAGCUGCCCUCUGUCAAGCUCCGGUGCUGGCUCUUCCAAAUUUUGCCAAGCCUUUCUCAAUUGAAACUGAUGCAUCUAAGUCGGGUGUCGGUGCGGUCCUCAUGCAAGACGGUCACCCCCUGGCGUUCUUCAGUAAAGCGUUGGGAGCCAAGAAACGUGGUUUAUCAACAUAUGAAAAAGAAUUCAUGGCGAUUCUGUUUGCUGUGCAACUGUGGCGUCCUUACUUGCAGUUUCAGGAGUUUGUGCUCCUCACCGAUCAGAAAAGCCUGACACAGCUCACUGAUCAAAGACUGCAUACUCAUUGGCAGCAACGGGUUUUCUCCAAAUUGUUGGGUUUACAAUACCGUAUUGUGUAUCGCUCAGGUUCUGAUAACAGAGCAGCGGAUGCAUUGUCUCGCCACCCCUCACCUCCAGUUGUUUGUGCGGCAGUAACUUCUCUGGUACCCUCCUGGGUAUCUGCGAUGAUUGCUAGUUAUCGCGAGGACACUUUUGCUACUACUUUGUUGACCAAAUUGGCUGUUGAUUCAGAGGCCAUACCUCAUUAUUCCCUACAGUCCGACUUACUCCAUUAUAAUGGCCGUGUCAAGAUUGGAGAUGACCCGGCACUUCACCAGCAGCUUAUUGCCCAAUUUCACUCCAGCUUGUGGGGCGGACAUUCUGGAAUACCAGUGACCUAUAUGCGGCUGAAGCAAUGUUUUGCUCAAGGGUAUGAAAACUGCGCAUCAAGGAGUUUGUGCAAUCUCAGGUCAGAUGUCAGCAAUCCAAGUAUGAUCGAUCCAAAUCUCCAGGCCUAUUGCAGCACUUGCCGGUUCCUGAUUCGGCAUGGCAAGUGGAUUUCAUCAAGGGACUUCCAUUGUCUAAUACAUUCAACUGUGUACUGGUAG